CAUAUGUGAUACGUUAAAUAUAGAACAAGGAAGUAAAUAUUACGAGCAAUAUUCAUAAUUAUAUUUGUUUAAAAGAAGGACGGCUUUUGUUCGACCGUUCUCUUCGGUGUGUUACCAGUCAUAGAUAAAUAUCUAGAUAGGAUGCGUUCAAGAAGCGUCCAACUUCAGACGCGAGGGCACACCUGAUGUCAAGUGCACCAGCUGCACCACGUCUAGAAAAAUCGAAACACCGUCCACAUUGUAUAUAUCGAGAGCUUUGUUUGAGGCGACUUCAUGGUAUUGUUGCGCUUCUCUACUUUCGUUCGCGCGCGCGUGUGUGUGUGCUUUCUAUCCGACCGAGAGACAGAAACGUUUCUUUGAACCGUUGAAAUCGAUUGACUGGCGCAAUUGGCGAUUAACGUGCAACGGACAGGAGCCAUUUUCGGUGGUUCCCUAGGCCCUGAUUCAUCCCCGAACUUGCUGAACGAUGGUCGAUUACUACAAAGUGCUCGACGUACAGCGGACCGUUAGCAGCGCUGACAUCAAAAAGGCGUAUAGAAAGUUGGCGUUGAAAUGGCACCCGGACAAGAAUCCAGAUAACUUGGAAGAGGCGAAUAAAAGAUUCAAGGAGAUUUCGGAGGCAUACGAAGUCCUGAGCGACGAGAAGAAGAGACGCGUCUACGAUCAGUAUGGCAAGGACGGUCUUCAAAUGCCUGGAGGCAAACGACGCCACGGGGAUGACUUUGAUUCGCACUUCGGCGGCACAUUCGUCUUCAGGGAUCCCGAGGAAGUUUUCAGAGAAUUUUUCGAUGGGAUACCGUUCGAAGAUAUGUUCGCCGGUUUUGGUGGCCCCCGGAGAAGUGCCGGGGGGAGGCAUGGUCCCUCGACUAAUAACAGUCUGAGCACUUCUUUCUUCGGGCCCUUUGGAUUCGGCUUUCGUUUGCCGUUUGAUGAUUUAAUGGAGAAUCCCGGUGCCGCAGGGAACUUCACUUCCUUCGGCACUUUUACUAGUUUCGACGGAAUGAGCGGUGGCAAUGCUGUGAAACGUACAAGCACCUCGACUCGUUUCAUCGAUGGAAAGAAAAUUACGACCAAAAAAGUCUUUGAAAAUGGGAAAGAAACGAUAAUGUCUUAUGAAAAUGAUGUACUGAAAUCGAAGACAGUGAAUGGCGUGCCACAGUCAAUAACGUUCGACGAAGCAUCGACGAGUCGUCAAGUCCGUGAGAACGUCAACGAUAACACGAUGGGUAGCCACAGCUCGAAUGCGACCAACGGCGACUAUCUAAAAGCUAGCAGCAAACUAAAGACGCGUCACCAUCCGCACAUGAGUAAGAAGCACGAUAGAAGUAAGAGGAAAUAAAUUGCUUCGCUCUUGUCUCAAGUUCCUUACGUGUAUCCAAGUCGACGAGUGCGCGCUCCUGAUAUACUCGGCAGAUUUGACCCCGGAGAAAUUUUCGUCCUGUUGAUACUACACAUGUAACUAUCCAAUCUUAUUACUUCUUAUCCGACAAAAGAAAUUAAAUUGGUACGUAAUAAAAGAACAGUGUCGCUAAUCUAUAUAAAUUAAGAGGGCAAGAGUAACAUUCUAUAAACGACUGGCUUGACAUAUCCACGCGGUUCGUAUAAUAAAGUUCAUUGAAAAAAGAAAUUAAUAAUUCGUCGACCUUUAAUUUUGAGAGCAAAGCGGCCCGCUAUUUGUCGUCGUCGUUGAGUCGUUUAGUUUUGUAAAAGCGAGUUGUUUGAACGUAGUUAGGUAUUUGCGAUAGCGUAUCGCUUACGCCGCGAAUCGAGACUAAUUUACAAGUAACAUCUGCCUUGUCUCUACCUAGUUGUAUGACGUAACCGAUGCUAACUUGAGCCUCGAUUAUCGCUAGGUUACAGAACUGAUGCAGACAAAAAAAGCACUUAUAAUUUCUCAAAACGACAAAAGUAUCUUAUGCAUCUCCGUAUCGAUUAAUAAUAUAAUUUAUUUUCGUCGCUGCAUACUUUUAUUGUCGUUGGCUCUAGCGUUAUUACAGAUUUAAGUUUUAGCUAAAUAUGCGCCGAGGUACAUUGUUGAAGGACUAUGUUAGAAGUAUCGUUUUUGAUCGGAUUUCCUUCGAUUAGGUAUUUACGUAUGUAUGUGUAUAUAAUGAUAAGGAAAAAAAGAUGUUAUAGAAAUACAUUAUUAAUAUACA